AUGUUUUCGCUGUCUCAAACAGAUAUCCUUGAGAGUAUAUUCCAGCAGAAUCCAAGUCUAAGACCGAUAAGGCUUCAAUAUAAUGCCAGCCCCAAGACAAAGGUUUUGAACACACUAAGAGUGCUACCUCUAAUGCGCAGUAUUUUUCCGUCGGCUGACCAGCGCGAGGAACUCAUAAGAAGGCUCUUGUUGGAGCAGAAAAGCGCCUAUACAUAUAAGAGCUGGUACGAAAUCUCCGUUCGGCUAGACGAGCUCACCGGAAGCAACACGUGGAAGUCCACGCCUGAGCUGCCGGACUAUGACUAUCACUUAUUACGGCUGCAAAUGAAUGAACUUAAGCAGGCGCGUCUAAGUAAAGACUACAAGCUUCUCUUGUACUUGGUAAGGACCAAAUGGUUUCGUAAUUUCGCCAAUAUGGGCAGUCUGAGACUAUAUCGCCACUCUCAUGUGGGAACCAAGAGACUCAUCGAAGAGUACAUAGACGAGUGCCAAAAGGCACUUGUGUACUUGGUCCACGAUGAGGACGUUAAGUUGGAUGACCGCUAUCUACUUGGAAUGCUCAUUCAAACAAGAAAAAAUAUUGGGCGCACAGCGCUCCUCUUGUCUGGCGGCUCGACAUUCGGUAUAUCUCACAUUGGAGUCUUGAUUGCCCUUCUCGAGAACAACCUCCUCCCUCGAGUCAUCAGUGGCUCAUCUGCUGGCUCAGUAAUUGCCAGUAUUCUCUGCACACAUACCUAUGAAGAAACAACGCAACUUCUCGAGUCUAUUCUCGAAAAGGAGUUUAAGUUUUUCGGAACGUCCUUGCUGACCAACACAGAUGGAAGGCUCAAGUGGCUUCUCGAAAGCAUUAGCCAUUUUCUCAAGUAUGGAACAGUGUUUGAUAUCGGUAAUGUGAGGGACACUGUCUACAGCUUCGUUGGAGAUUUGACAUUCAGAGAAGCAUACAACAGAACUGGAAAAAUCUUAAACGUCACAGUUUCCCCAGCUUCAACGCACGAACAGACAAGACUACUCAACUAUUUGACUGCUCCUCAUUGUCUUAUAUGGUCCGCCGUAUGCGCAUCUUGUUCUGUACCAGGAAUAUUUGCUUCAAACUCUAUCUACGAAAAGAGCCCAGGAACAAACACCAUUCGCGAGUGGAAUAAUGACCAAUCGCUGAAGUAUGUUGAUGGCUCAGUCGACGGCGACUUGCCUAUUACUCGGCUAUCAGAGAUGUUUAAUGUGGAUCACAUCAUUGCUGUGCAGGUUAACCCUCAUGUAUCUCCUGUUUUGAAAGUCUCUGUGGGAAACGUCGGUAGGAAGGCAGACUCUGAGUUUGCAGACAGUCUUCGAAACGUGAUCAAUGGCUGCUAUGAUUUCGUGCUGAAUGAGAUCAUACACUAUUUGCAAAUCUUGCAUGAGCUUAAUAUUCAGAAGAAUAUUACCUCUAAAAUGAUCUCUAUUUUGACACAGAGAUAUUCCGGGGAUAUCACCAUUCUACCUGAUUUGGACUUUACCGAUUUCCUACUGCUUUUCACAAAUCCGACCCCAAAAUUUAUCCUCGACUUUGUUUUAAAAGGAGCAAGAGCAGCCUGGCCCAAGAUCACUGUCAUAAAUAAUCAUUGCGGAAUCGAAUUUGCACUAGACAAAGAAAUUUCGGUCUUGAGAGGCAGAAUCAUCUCAAACUCAAAUAACAGGCUC